CUGCUUUUUUUUAUUACGUGGACACCACAAAACAGAGGCUCACACAUGCUCAUCGAUCAUUCCUACUUUGUCCUAUUACUACCACUUUCAUCCUCCUCCUCCUCCCUCCUCAGUCUCUAACCACCCAAAACGACCAUGUCUUCAUCUUCAACUAUUUUCCACUUCUUCUUCUUCCUCCUUAUCCUUCGAACCAUUGACUCCGCCAAUUCCACCCGGAGACCCCGGCAGCUGUCUGUCGGAUACUACGCCAAAUCAUGUCCCCAGCUCGACCAGCUAGUGGGUUCCGUCACCUCACAGCAGUUCAAGGAAGCUCCCGUCUCCGCCCCAGCCACAAUUCGCUUAUUCUUCCAUGAUUGCUUCGUAGAGGGAUGCGACGGGUCGAUUCUGAUAUCAUCAACAAAGGCGGCGGCGGGGGGUAGUAAAUUAGAAGAGGAAACAACAGCAGUAGAGAGGGAUGCCCAGGAUAACAAAGAUCUAGCGGAGGAGGCAUUUCAGACCAUAAACAAGGCCAAGGUGCUGGUCGAGACCAACUGUCCUGGCAUUGUUUCUUGCGCCGACAUUCUAGCUCUUGCAGCCAGAGACUUUGUCCAUUUAGCUGGUGGCCCUUAUUAUCAAGUGAAAAAAGGCAGGUGGGACGGUAGAAUAUCGAUGGCAUCGCGGGUCCAUGAAAAUCUUCCGCGAUCAAACUCCACCAUCGAUGGCCUUCUCAAGCUCUUUGCCUCGAAGGGGCUAACCCUAGAAGACAUGGUUGUCCUAUCUGGGGCCCACACUAUUGGGUUUGCCCAUUGUCAGCACUUUGUGAACCGACUCUAUGAUUACCAAGGCUCCAAACAACCCGACCCUAUUAUGGACCCUAGGCUUCUUAAGGCCUUGAAGAUGUCAUGCCCACAUUAUGGUGGCAAUACUGAUAUUGUCGCACCAUUUGAUGUCACCACAACUUUCUCCUUCGACAACACUUAUUAUUCUAACUUGGAGACUAAAUUGGGCUUGCUGUCCACUGAUCAAGCCCUAUUUUUAGACCCCAGAACCCGACCUUUGGUUCAAGAUUUGGGAAAAGACAAGCAGAAGUUCUUUCAGGCGUUUGCACAGGCUAUGGAGAAAAUGGGCUCCAUUGGUGUAAAAAGAGGAAGAAAACAUGGAGAAAGAAGAAAAGUCUGCAGUAUGCAUAGUUCAUAAUGGAUAAUUAUCCCACAUGUGAUGAUUGUCUUUUCUUUCUUUACUUCCACAUUUGUUUCUCUCAUUGAGAAUUUGUUCAUGUUCAUGUUCAUUCUUGGAAAAGUCCUAGGUUGGUUUUCUUUCAUUUUUUUUUCUCUUUGGAGUCUUUGUGAAUGUGCCUAUGACAGUUUAGAGGUUUUCUCCUACACACAUUUCAGAGUAUAGCAUUUCAUUUUUAUAUUUUUUUUCUCAUCA